UGAUAAUAUAUUUUCUAUUUUUGAAGAAACAUAGAAUUUGUUAGCUAAAUAAUCAAUUUAAAUGCUCUUAUGCUAAAAAAAAAAUAUUCUUCACAAUAAAAAAAAAUUACUGAAAUGUAUAUGUUUCAUGAUAAAUAAUUAAUUUUUAUACUGGUCAAAAUAUUUACUAUGGAAACGAUAAUUUAUGUAACGAACUAAUAAACCAAAGAUUUUAACGGCAAUUGAUUUGAAAUUAGAAGCGGUAAAAAGAAUAUUGCCCAUAAGUGCUGACUUAAAGGCUAUUGCAAAAUUCAGUAGAGACAUUAAGACACUUGGCAAGGCGGAGCAGUUCUGUAUGAAGCUUAACGAAAUUCCGUGUUAUCAAUUGAAGAUCGACCUUACAAUGUUAAAGGAAGAGUGGCCUCUCAUAUAUUCGGAAUCUCUUGAGACUUUAAAAAAUUAUCAACAGACUUGUUCCACUUUAAUUAAUGACAAAUCGUUGACACAAUAUUUGUCCGUUGUAUUACAUUUAGGCAAUAAAUUGAACGCAGGAAGUUAUGCUGGUGAAGCAUACGGUUUCACAUUGGGUACUUUGCCUAAAUUAAUGGAUACUCGAUGUAACAAACCAAAUGUUAGCUUCAUCCAUUUGGCUGUAGAAAUGUCUGAAAAGUAUACAAAUAACACUUAGUUUUUUGAAGUUGUGUUCGUCAUUGAACAAAUGUCAAAAACUUCGUUUGAAUCUUUGGAAAUCGAGCUUCGUAAUCGUUCUUGUCAGAUAAAAAAAAACCCAGUACAGGAGGGUCGCUGCACAGUGGUGACGUGGCAUAGUUGGAUCAAGUAUAAUGAUAUCUGACAGUGAUUAGAAUCACUAUAAAAAAAAACGCUUCGAUGCAAAUCUUUAGAUAGUGUUUAAUUUAAAAAAAUUGGUGGAUUAUUCCAAAAGCUUCAUGAUCUGCUAUUUUCUUAUUAAUAUCCAGAAUGAAAAAGGGAUUAUUAAAAAAUAUUAUUUCUCUUAAAAAAAUUGUGUUGAUCCAUAAAUUUUUCAAACACUUAUAGCGUUAUAAAGUUAAAAAUAUGAAAAAGAAUUUUUUUACAAAAAUCGUAUUUUGUUUAUUAACUUUGAUGACUGUUUUCACCAAGAAAA